AUGAGACGGCUGUCCCCCUUAUCCAGGAGAUUGCGGCCUACAGUGCUGGCACAGCAACCAUCACCACCGGGUUUCGUGUGCUGGCAAUGCAGAGCAAUCCAACUUAGCGCAUCCCCCACCACCGACUCGCGGCCCGCCGCCGACGCUUUCGGAGCGUAUCUCGGAUCACAGCGGGACUCAGCAGAUGCUCGAUUCGAGGUGCUCGGGUCACCAUACUCCAUCCUCUCCGUCACUCUUUCGGCAUCGCAGCGGCUCUACACGAGACGAGGAACCUUGGUCUCAGUUGCCGGCAAGGUAGAAAAUGCGCAAUCUACCCUCUCGUUCCUUUCCCCCCUCCGACGAGCCUUCCUCGGCAUCCCCUUCCUCUACCAACGCAUCUCCUCUACGACGCCGAUCACAGCCUUGAUAGCCACCAAAUCCCCCAACACGAGCUUUAACGUCCUCCAUCUCGACGGCACAACCGACUGGAUCGUAGCCCAGCGCAACGCCCUGCUCGCCUGGACGGGGCACACCCUCACGCCCACGACGCGCAUCCAGCAGGGCAUGUCGCUCGCGCAUUGGGGCAACACGCAUCUUACCGGCCGCGGCCUCGCGGCGCUGGCGGCCCCGGGACAGAUCUAUGAGCUCACGCUGGGCGAGCGGGAGGAGAUCGUGCUGCAUCCGUCGCACGUGGUGGCGUAUUCGGUGACGAGAAAUCCGCCGCUUCCCUUCCGGUUCAGGAGCACGAAGCUCAGCCUGCAGAUUCCGGCUGUCCCCGCAUCGGUGAGCGGGGCGGCCGGGCGGCUUGUGCCGGAGCAGGCGAGACGGUUUUGGAAGGCGAUGAGAGAUACGGCCACCUACAAGGCUGUGGCAAGGCUGCUGUUUGGGUUGAGGACAGCCGCGCGGCGGACGAUAUGGGGCGAUCGGCUGUUUCUCCAGUUCAGGGGGCCGAUGACGGUGCUGAUGUCCACACGGGGUGUGCGGGUGAGGGAUGUGCUCAGCAGGGAAGACGUGAAUGAGAUCGCGGAUGCUGAGGCGGGCGUGGUGCCGGCUGCGGUGGAGCUAGCGACCAAGCCGAAGGUGCUAGAGGAGAAGGUCGGGCAGAAGCCUGUGGUGGUCCAUGUUGCCAGUGUUGGAAAGGAUGGGAAGGUCACAUUUGAGGAUGCCAAGGGUUUGAAUGAUUUUGUCCGGUGA